AUGACUCCUUCGUUCAUCACAUCAUUCAAAGGAACCGGCCACGAUAUUGCCGAUGAACUGAUCCACCCGUCCAUUGAAAGAGAAAACGGAGUAAGUGUACUAAUUGGCUCAAACCAGAUGUGGGCGGUGAUGACAGGUGAACUCUCCAGACCGGGAAACGAGGAAACACUCAUCGCUAUGAACUCCAAGUUCGGAUGGAUCUUUCAAGGGAGCACCGAGCACUUGUCAAAGCCAAUCAACUCACGAGUCAUGAAUCUGCAAGCAAGCCAGCCUUCUGCAGAAGAUGAUCAGUUGUUAAGUCGGCUGGAGUUGCUCCAGAGGGAAGUCGACAAGCUGACAGCCACAGUGGAGAACCUGUCCAAGCAGCGUGAUCACUUGCUUGUGGAGAGGGACAGCCAGGCUCGCCAGCUUGCCCUGCUCACUGAAAAACUCAAGGAAAAGGAUAAAGAUACACAGACUGCCCACUUCACAUGCCGAGCUACAGAAUCACAGAUUGACAAGCUGCAAGACAACCUAAACAACAAGGAGAGUGAUGUUUUAAGGCUCACAUGUCGAGUGAGAGAGUUGGAAACAGAAGCUGCAUCAGGAGCCGAGUCCCAUUCCCACCUCCUGCAAGAAAACCAGAGGCUUCAUGAGAACUUUACACUUGUGGCGAAAGAGCACAAGAACAUGGCAUCUGACUUGGAGAAUGCUGUACAACAGAAGAAAGAAUUUGAACUUCAAAUCCAGGAGUAUGUGAUCAAAGUGGCCAAAAUAGAAGAGCUCCUGCGUACAAGGGAUCGAGAGAGGGAGGAUAUUUUGGACCAGUACCGGUCCCUUAUCUCGGCCAACGCUGAUCUGCUGAUUCAGGCCGAGCAGAGCCAGAAAGAACAAGACAGCAGUGAUGCCACACUCAAUAGCCUGCGUCAGCAGCUUGCACGACACAUGAGUGUGACGACAGAGGAGAAGCAGAAGCUGGCUUCACUGGGAGCAACUAUGGCAGCCUUGCAAGAGUCCCUGCAGCACAGCGCUGCCGAGGGAAGUCGACUGAAGGAGGAACUUCAGAAGACCUCAGACAUGCGUGCAAGGCUCGUCGAGCAUGUGGAAUCGCUUCAGGACCAGCUCGCCAAAGAACAAACUGUUAACAAUCAGAUUUCUGGGUACUUGAGGCGCCUAAAGGACGAUCUUUCUCUGGCACGUACCGAAACAGCUACGGCUCGCUCUGAUGCAACCAGUAUGGAGCGCGUGCUUGCCACAUCUCGGGAGCAGCGCUGCCAGACAGACAUUGCCCUCGAAAGGCUCUCUACUGAGAUGGAAAACAUGAAGCAGGAGGUCCAAGCAGGAGCCACGAGCAGGGCAGCCCAAAAUGAAGAGGACCGGUUUCUCAGAAGCAAGCUGUCAGAGUUUGAGCAUGCAGUGGAGCAGCUAAAGCAACGAAAAAUCAGGGAGCAAUAUGCAAGGAUGAUUGAAGUCUACGCAGGAGAAGAUGGACACCCGAGCGCGCGUGCAGCAGUUGCUCUCCGACUUAACAUGGGUCGGCCACGCAUCGUACGAAGUCCCGAACAGCAGGCAGCUUACGAAGAACAGCGCCGACAACAGCAUCGUGAGAGAGCUGGUGUUCGCCGUGCCGAUGUUGCAGUCCGGGCACAAAACCAGGCCCGGGUGGCCGAGCGCAAGCAGCAACUGCGUACCGAGGAUCCGGCAGCCUACCAAGCCGUCGUUUAA